CACAACAGAGCACAACAGAGCACAACAGAGCACAACAGAGCACAACAGAGCACAACAGAGCACAGGUCAUUUCUUCCUUUGCGCGCUGCUCUCUAUUGCCAUGCUUUAUCCUUCCACGUCAGGUAUUCUAGCCCCAUGCCGUUGUUGCGAAAUGCUGUCACAACGCAAGGCCUUUCCUGGCUCGCACUGCCACAGCUGCUGGCAUGGCCUUGCAUGUUUGAGUUGAGAUUGAUUCUCCCCUCAUCCAUUUCUCCCCUCACCCAUUUCUCCCCUCAUCCAUUUCUCCCCUCAUCCAUUUCUCCCCUCAUCCAUUUCUCCCCUCAUCCAUUUCUCCCCUCAUCCAUUUCUCCCCUCAUCCAUUUCUCCCCUCAUCCAUUUCUCCCCUCAUCCAUUUCUCCCCUCAUCCAUUUCUCCGCUCAUCCUUUUCUCCCCUCAUCCAUUUCUCCCCUUACCCCUGAAUCCCCUCACCCCUUCCUCCACCACGUCACGUGCAGGGCCUCAUGGACGCAGGGAUGCAGCAGCAGCUGCUGCCUUUUGCCUUGCCUAACCUCCUUCCCUCUUCCUAUCCAUCCCUCCACCCUCUCCCUACCCUGACAUGACAUGCAGGGGCUGAUGGACGCUGUGAUGCAGCAGCUGCUCUCCAAGGACGUGCUCCACGGGCCAAUGAGGGACCUCCAUGCGCGCUACCCUGCCUGGCUCGCCGCCAACGCCGCCGCCCUGCCGCCCGCUGACCUGGCGCGGUACGAGCGGCAGCAGCGCGCGAUUGGGCGGCUGUGCCAGCUGUACGAGGAGCGGCCGGACGACUUUGCGGGGAUCAUGGAGGUGAUGGGCGAGAUGCAGGCGUGCGGGCAGCCGCCCCCUGAGAUGAUCAAGGAGAUUGCCCCGGGCCUGGAGAUGGGUGAAGACGGGCUGCCAGUGUUGCCUGAUAUGUUGCAAGGAGGGGACCUUCCUGCGGAUUGCUCGCUCAUGUGAAACCCAUGACUUCAACCAUCACAGUCGCCCUCGUGAUCUUCGACUCGUGUAUGCUACUGUAGAAGACUGGUCUGUUGUGAAGCUGGAUGUUGAGCGGGUACCGUAUCCAGUAGCAAUACGGUACUGCGCUGUACCAUCUGGCGACAGGAGCUAUUCAGAUGCCUGACAUUAGUUCCUGAAGGAGCUUCAACGCUGAAUAGAGUGUAGCUUUUAGCCUCUUGCAUUGUUUGCAGCAUCACCGAAAUGGAACACUCUGUCAAACAUGUGUAUUUGUCAUGUUUGUAUAGACUGUAUAGGGUCACCUCUUAGA